AAUUAUUUCGUAAUAUAUUUGUUUAAUGAGUCCUAUUCUUGAUCAGACUCGAACUAAUGAAAUAUUUCAUUAUAAUUUGUUAUUUUCAAAAUACGGGAAAAAGGACAUUUUAUAUGGAACUGCAGGAUUUCGAACCAAUGCCAAUCAAUUGGACCACGUAAUGUUCCGAAUGGGUAUUUUAGCUGUACUCUAUGCUAACUACACUAAAAAGGUGGCCGGCAUUAUGAUUACCGCCUCCCAUAACCCAGAAUGCGAUAAUGGCGUCAAGAUUAUAGGGAACAACGGCGAAAUGUUGGAAGAGAAUUGGGAGAGUUACGCCACCAUUUUAGCCAAUUGCAAGGACGAAGAAAUUGUGAAUUCCAUCGACAUGAUUAUGUCGGACUUCAUUAUCCGGCUAGGGAAUAGCUUGGUGUACUUGGCUCACGAUACCAGAAAAAGUUGCCCUGUCCUUUUGGAAGCCUGCAUAUUGGGGAUCAAUGCUAUGGGUGGAAAAUACCAAAAUUAUGGUCUCCUAACGACCCCUCAAUUGCAUUUCAUGGUAUACACGGCCAACAGCGAUUCCGACAUUUCGUAUUAUCCUGCCGAAAGGGAUUACUUCGAUAAAUUGAAGACCGCUUUUUUCAAUUUUUCACAGGACUGCCCCGAUCCCCCUUACAGAAUACUAGUUGGGGUCGACACCGCGAACGGGGUAGGAGCCCUCAAAAUGGAACGCCUCCAAAUACUUUUGCGGGAAAAUAUUAAAUAUUUGGAAUUCACAGUGGUUAAUAUGGGUCUAAAUGGGAAUGCCACUGGGGAUAUUGGAUAUAUUAAGCAUGGCCGAACUACCAAUUCUAAUAAUCAUACUUUAAACGAUGAAAUUGAGAAUAAUAAUGAAAUGGGUACUAUCCAGUCUACACAAUCAGGCCUUAACUUGAACUGCGGAGCUGAUUACGUCAAAGUGAAUAUGAAGCCUCCCACGGGGUUAUCGUCAGUUCAUGAUUUUAGGAAAGAAUCCCCAUUUUUUGAGGAUCAAAACGUCCACUAUGCUUCUUUCGAUGGCGACGCGGACAGAAUAGUGUUUUACUACUUUGAUAAAAAUCACGAAUUUAAUCUCUUAGACGGAGACAAGAUUGCUGCUUUGAUUGCCUAUUAUAUCAAGGAUACCUUGAAGAUUUGUGAGCUCGCCCCAAAUGAUUUUGAUUUGGGAGUAGUCCAGACCGCUUAUGCCAACGGGAGUUCCACUCUUUACAUACGGGAUAAUUUGAACAUGAAGGUAUACUUCACUCCUACCGGUGUCAAACAUUUGCACCACAAAGCGGCUCAAUUGGACGUUGGCAUUUAUUUCGAGGCUAACGGACAUGGAACUGUUCUCUACAGUAAAAAGUUUGUUCAAAAAAUAGCGGAAUUAUCUAAAGACGGCACUAAAAGCUCCAAAAUAAACACAUCCGCUCGCAAUAUGAUGAAUUUCAUUAAUCUGACUAACCAGUCUGUGGGAGACGCUCUGUCCGAUCUUUUGUUAGUCGAGGCCAUUUUACUGAAAUAUGGAUGGAACAUAACCCACUGGAAUUCUAUGUACCAGGACUUACCCAACAGAUUGAUGAAAAUCAAGAUCAACGAUAGAACCUUGGUUAAAACUUCUCCCGACGAAACAAUAUGUUUAUCUCCACCUGCCCUACAAGAAGCUAUUGAUUCUUUGGUAUCGCGAUACCCCAAAGGCCGGGCUUUUUUAAGACCUUCUGGAACAGAAGACGUUGUUAGGAUAUACGCUGAAGCGGAAUCGCAAGAAAAGGCAGAUGAUUUAGCUCACAGUAUUUCCGUGCUUGCUUUUGAUAUGGCUGCUGGGGUAGGAGACAGACCCUUAAGACCCUCUAAAUAGCAUGAUGUUUUUUGCAAAACUCAUAAUAUUUUUCUUAUAUUGUUCUGUUUUAUUGUUAAAUAAUAUUUAUAUUAUUUCAUCAAUGCAAUUUACCAGGGUUAGUUACACAUUGAUGAUGGGUAUAUUGUUUUAUAAAACCUAUUUUGUUAGAUAAUAUUUAGCUAUUAAUUAUAGGCUCAUAAUGCUAUAUCUAAUCGGAACUAUAUUUUACAAUUUUCCUGAAAAUAUUAUGGU